UUGUCGUAGGAGACAGGAGUCGUUCAUAAAUCUGUUCAGUGUGUUCACUAUGUAUGGAUUUAAUGUUAUGCUUAUUUUUUCUGUGUGCUUGUAUUUGAACAUAUUUUUAGCGUUUGAAUGCGAGUCCGCACCACCUAAACAUCAAUGUGAUCAGAAGUUACAGAUCAAAAAUGGCCAUGUGAGAUUUAUAUUAUCAGAUGGUGCAAUCAUAGCCAAAAUAACUUGUUUUCAGCCAUACGUUCUGGUAAACGGCAACGAGACGAUGACCUGUAUUGGAGAAAAGUGGGAUAGCGAAUCUCCGAUAUGUGCUAAAGUUGAUCCAAUACAUUUAUCUUGCAAUUUCGAAUCACCAGAAGAAAGGUUUUGUGGAUGGAGAAAUUAUAUUUAUAACGAAAUUGAUUGGUUAGCCGAUAAAACGUCUGUCCUAUCAAAUAGUAACAGACAUCACGUAACAACUGGUUCUUCUUCAUAUUUUACAAAUUAUUAUAUAUCCUUGAAUGCGAGAAAUUCCACUACCGUUGGACGAUUAUUAUCUCCAUCACUCCUUCCAGUUGCAAGCAAACAAAGGUGUUUACAAUUUUCAUACAAAGUUACAUCAAGUGAUUCACAAAAUCGUCCAACACUGAAAGUAAUUUUCGGAGAAAUACCUCACUGGGAAACUCACAAAGGAGAAGGACGAGCUAUAAUUGGGUUAUAUCGUUUUAAUGUUUCAAAUAAAAUCGUAAUUGAAGGGAGUAGUUGUAAAGCAGCUAUCGAUAAUUUGAUAAUUACAGAGGAUGAUAGCUGUAUACAACGACCGUACGAUGAAGAGAUCGACAGUUGCCAUGACAACUGUGGAAAAAUAUCCGAUGGUGUUGGUUGUUCAUGUGAUUGGUCUUGUUAUAAAAAUAAUAAUUGCUGCCCAGAUAUACAAAUCAGAUGUCCGUAUAUUAAACCAAUUGACGAAGUUGUUAAAUUAUAUUUAACAACUAAAACCACUGUCAAACUAGAAACGGUGGCUACUGCAGCUUACAUUUUGAAUUUAUCCUGUGAUUUCGAAUCGUCAGAUGAAACACUUUGUGGUUGGAAAAACGAUAUUUUCAAUAACACCGAUUGGCUGGCUGACAAAAUAUCAUUCAUCUUUAACAGUCGUCACGUAAUUCCUGGAUCUUCUAACUAUUUUACAAAUAAUUAUAUAUCUUUGGUUGCUGGAAAUAAUGAAUUCACUAACACCGGAAGAUUAAUAUCGCCACUUCUCCCGGUUAGUAAUAAGCAAAGAUGUUUGAUAUUUGCUUAUAAAGUGAUGUCAGGAAAUUCAAAUGGUCCUCCUAUUUUAAAAGUCACUUUUGGUGGCAUACCUCACUGGGAAACGCAUAAAGGAGAAGGAAGAGCUAUAAUCGGGUUGUAUAAAUUUAAUACUACUUCUAGAAUUGUAAUUGAAGGGAAAAGUUGUAAAGCAGCCAUUGAUAAUAUUGUUAUUACAGAGGGUAAUAGUUGUAAUAAACAACCGUACGUAGAAGAGAUUGACAGUUGUCAUGACAACUGUGGAAAAAUAUCAGACGGUAUUGGUUGUUCUUGUGAUUGGGAAUGUCAUAAUAAUAAUAACUGUUGUCCAGACAUACAAAUCAAAUGUCCUUAUAUCAAACCUAUGGAUGAUAUUGCUAGAUUAUAUUUAGCUACUACGACAACUUCUACACUGAUCUCAAUGAUGACUUCAGAAAGAAAUAAAAUCUUAAAUGUAACAAUUAUUCCCAAGAAAGGCUACAACGAUGCAAUAACAAUUGACAUGCCUACUUUAACGAAUACUGACAAGUUAUCGAACACAACGCAUUUCACAAAUUCAACAUUAAAUCGUUUAAUAACCCGCCGUUCACUAAAUAUUGACAAUGAUUUUAACACGUCUACUUUUUCCAAUAAAAAUUUAACAAUUGACGUAUUUAAACUAAAUCCUAAACACUCUAUAAUACCUUUAAAAUAUAAUAAGACUGUAAACACAUACGUAUUUUUAUUCAACAAUAAUUAUAGCAAUUUACCAAUUGUAACUACCGAGUCUAUUAAUCCUUCAGAAGACUCGAAAAAAAACGAGAACGCUACAUUGACACAUGUGUAUAAUACCAUUUAUAUUAUUGUAUACCUUGCUGCUGUAAGUGUUAUACUAUUCAUUUUAAAGCAUUUUUAUCACUUUAUAAAGUUGCUUAUCAAGAAACCAAUCUAUAUGAAAGAUCAAGCUUUCGCUGAGUUGAAAAUUUAA